UUCUACUAGAAAAAAAAAUUCCUCUUUUAAAAAAAGUUUUCUUUAAACAAAAGCUAAUCCUUUUGUAUCCAAUGGGACGUUACUUACUUGCUUAAGUUUCUCAACAGUGUGUUGUUGGGAUUCAGAAUUUCAAACUCAUAUCCUUUUGGGGGUUCUCUCGUUUCCAUCCGCCUAAAAUCCUCCUCCUUCUUCUUCUUCUUCUUCUUCUUCUCUCUAUCCGCUCGCUCAUCCAGGUUUGGAUUACAAAAUGUUUGGUUUGAAGAAGCCCCUGGAAACACGACUCCCCAAGCAUAAUAAGCCUUCUCCUUCUGCUUCCAAUCCUUUUGAUUCAGACGACGAGUUUGAUGAUGAUAUCAAACACACCUUGAAGCCAUCUAACAAGAUCUCCCCUCAGCCUUCUUCUCUACCUACCAAGAAGACUCACAGCUUCAACCCUUUUGAUGAUGAUGAUGUUGUUGAUGAGGAGGAAGUUGAGAAAAGAUUCACUUCAUCAUCGAGUUCGAACCCCUCUUUCAAGAAUCAUUUCCGUGACUCGGGUGGUGUUGAGAACCAGUCGGUUCAACAACUCCAGAGCUACGCUGUGUACAAGUCUGAAGAGACAACCAAGACGGUGCAAGGGUGUUUGAAAGUAGCGCAAGGGAUGAGAUCAGACGCUACCAGAACUUUGGUCAUGCUGAAUGAGCAAGGCGAGAAGAUCACGAGGACUCACCUCAAGGCUGUUGACAUCGAUCGUGAUCUCAGUCGGGGUGAGAAACUUCUUGGUAGCCUCGGAGGCAUUUUCUCAAGGACUUGGAAGCCUAAAAAGACUCGCUCCAUUACCGGUCCUGUCAUCACUAGAGGUGAAUCCCCUAAGAGAAGAGUUAACAACUUAGAGACUAGAGAAAAGCUGGGACUGAACCAUCUACCCAAACCACAUUCAAGAAGAACCCGUGAACCUCUCCCUGAAUCCGCUGAUGCUUAUCAGAAAAUAGAGAUGGAGAAAGCAAAGCAGGACGAUGGACUUGCAGAUUUGAGUGAUCUACUCGGUGAACUAAAGAACAUGGCUGUUGAUAUGGGAACUGAAAUCGAAAGGCAAAACAAUGGACUUGAUCAUCUUCAAGACGAUGUCGACGAGCUUAACUUCAGAGUGAAACAAUCUAACCAACGAGCUCGCCGUUUACUCCGCUAGUAAAACCAGCCCCUCCACAAGUGUACCUGUUCAGCUUCUCUUUUCUCUGUUUCUUGAAUCUUAUCACAACAUAGAGAUUUUAAUAAAGUUUGAGACAUUUGAUUCCAGAAAACUGCAUCAAGUUUAUUUAGAUAUGGAAUUACAAC